AUGGAAUUCAUUCAAGAAAUAACACUACUAAAGGAAUCCUUCUUGGAAUUUAUAAUCAAAGUAACUCCUGUGUUUACAGAAUCCAUAUUGGAAUAAUUUAACUCAAAAUGGAAUCCCUUGAAAAAACUAUUAAGUGAUCCUUCUAAAAGUGCGAGUGAUGUUUUCCUAUUGGUUUCUUCCAUGUCCUCCUUAAAAAAGAGCACUACUUCAUCCACAUCAGCCACUUCCCCAAAUUCAGAUUGCAGUGUCCAAAAAAUAACAAAAGACAGACAAUUCAGCCAAGAAAUACAAUUAACCUCUAGACUAAAAAGAGAUAACCAAAGUAAAAGAGCAGGCCAAUCCGUUAUUGUAUAAAGAGCUUAAAAUAGGUAAUCUUUAUAUCAAAACAACAUUUUCCUAAAUACUCCACGCGCAAGACCAACUUCAUAAUAGGAAAUAGGGAGUAACAAUGAAAAAAUGUAUGAGGAAGAUAUGAAAGCCAAGAUAUUGAAAGAUGAUAUUAAAUGUAUGAUGUUGUUAUUUACUGAGUUAGUUUUAAAUCAACUGAGAGUAUAAACUCCAGAGAAAAAGGUUAGUGUGACUGUAAGAUGCAAUCUAGGAUUGAAAUUGUCUGAAGCUAUUAGUUAAUUUCGUAAAGAUAACUUCACUUUGAAAACCGUACAUGAAAGAAGCACUGAAAUAAUGAGUCCCUAAUCAGAACGCUCAGAAUCACCACUUUUAUUUGUCUACAGGCCAAAGAACUAGUAUUUCUAACAGCCUGUGCUUAUGUAAUAAUAAUAAGCAGGAGCAUUAAAAGGAUAUAGUAUCUACUCAAAAAAAGGUUAUAUACAACCAAUACAAUUUGAUGUUCAAUUUUAGAUGCUCAGACAACAACACUAGAAUAAUAUCACCUAUAGGAAAUUGUAUAUUUGAAAAUCAUUCAAGAUUGAUCAAUUUUGUAUUAUAUAUGUAAUAUCUGUUAGAUAUUAAAUAAUUCCUAAUAUUA